AUGGACUUGGCGAGUGCAAAGAGAGAUGAGAAAAUUGUCCAAGAAAAAAAAUGCAUAGAUUCGAACAAUUAUGACAUCGCCAUUGUUGGAGGAGGAAUUGUUGGAGUUGCCACAGCUAGGGAAAUUAGCAAUAGGAACUCAAAGUUGCGCAUGGCUAUACUUGAAAAAGAAAAAACACUUGCAAAUCAUCAAACCGGUCACAAUAGCGGAGUUGUACAUGCUGGAAUAUAUUACAAACCUGGUUCUUUGAAAGCGAAGUUAUGUGUCGAAGGUUUACAUUUAUCCUACAAAUACUUUGACUCUAAAAAUAUUCCCUAUAAGAAAUGUGGAAAACUAAUAGUUGCUACUGAUAAAUCAGAAGUUGAAAAACUACAAGAACUUCACAAACGAGGUAUAGAAAACAAAGUGCCGGGCCUACAAUAUUUAAAAGGAGAAAGAGCAAUUCAAGAAAAAGAGCCUCUUUGUAAAGGUUUAGAAGCAUUAUGGUCUCCGGAAACUGGUAUUGUAGAUUGGGGUUUAGUUACUAAAUAUUUCGCGAAAGAUUUUACUAAUCAAAAAGGAGAGAUAUAUAAUGAUUUUGAGGUAAAUGGAUUUCAAGAAUCAGGAGAUCCAAACUAUCCAAUUAAAGUCACUGGAAAGGAUAAAAAAACUAUAAACGCAAAAUACGUACUCACAUGUGGAGGAUUACAAUCAGAUCGGCUGGCAGUCAUGUCUGGCUGUUCCUCAAAUCCAAAAAUAGUGCCAUUCAGAGGAGAAUAUUUGCUCCUAAAACCCGAAAAAGCUGCACUGAUUAAAACAAAUGUUUAUCCUGUACCAGAUCCCAACUUUCCCUUUUUGGGUGUUCACGUAACGCCCAGAAUAGAUGGGUCUGUUUGGUUGGGACCAAACGCUGUGCUGGCUUUCAAAAGAGAGGGAUAUAAAUGGAAAGAUAUAUCGCUCGGUGACUUAUCUGAAACACUUUUCUAUCCAGGAUUCAUAAGAUUGGCCUUAAAAUAUAUAAUUCCAGGAUCAGUGGAGAUGAUCAAAUCACGAAUUAUUAAUAUGCAGCUAAGAGACGUUCAAAAAUUUAUACCAUCAAUCACUAUAAAUGACGUGCAGCCACUGAAGAGACCAGCAGGAGUCAGAGCCCAAGCAUUGGAUGUUAAAGGUAACUUAGUUGACGACUUUGUAUUCGAUCUAAACCCAACAGGUAGUCCAGUAUCCAGCAGAAUUUUACAUUGUCGAAAUGCUCCUAGCCCUGGGGCGACUAGUUCUCUGGCUAUUGCUAAGAUGAUUGCUGACAAAUGUGAAACAGAGUUCAAACUAAGUCAAGUUGCUAAAUAAUAAGAAUUUUUAUAGUAUAAUUAUGCAGUAUGUAUUUAAGUUUUGUAUUUUUACUAGUCUUUAUUCGAAAUAUAAUUAAUAUAUUAUAUGUUAUACAGAAAGGUAAUAUAUUUAAUUAUAUGUUUUUAAAAUAAACAUUUAUUUUACUUUC